AUGAGCGGUCUCGGUAGGAACCGACCAGUCACCAAGCUCGGCUACAAGAAGCUUCCCUUACUCACGGAGCCGGCUGCGCCCUCUGGCCCCUUGUCCGACGCGGACAUCGACACCUCCUGCUACAACAUCCCUCGACGCGGUACCGUCCCGGCGCCCCCUCCUCCCAGUCCUCUCCCCACACCGAAAGCGCCCCUCAACGCUCUCUCCGCCGCCAUGAUGACGAAGCAAACGGUCGAAGCGAAGCGACAAGACGCGCUUGCGCUCAAGCGACGCCGCGAGGCCGAGGCGAAACCGGGAUACAAGGAUCUCGCGAGCGACAUCAAGAAGUUCAAGUACACCGGGCUUGAUCCGCGCGAUCCCGAUGCGGUGCAGAAUCAUAUCGCGUCUCCCAGGGCGCAGCAGAGCACUCAAAGGGUGCCGGAUAGGGGGAUCGUCAAGCCGGAAGGGAGAGGGGGGUCAUCGAAGCCGGGGUGGACGGUGGAGAAGGCAAAUACGGUCCAGGGUAUGGGGGGGCAAGACAGAUGGCCUCCACCAACUGUCAUGGAAGAAGACGAUGACCAGCUGGCGGACGAGGACGAUGAAGAGAAGGAUACCAUCUUCGACAGCAUCAUCUCCUCGAACAAGAAGAAUAACAGCACUGCGAGGACUAACUACCUCGACCCGACCAUCAAGCCCUUCAAGUCUGUCCAGCCAACUCAGCCGAACUCGUCAGCUCCGGCUUCGCAUCAAGAUCGCCGUUCUCAGCCUUCGUCGAAAUUCCAGCUCGGCCCCACCUCGAAACGAAAGCAAGCUCUUCCCUAUUCCGCCACCGCUACCUCCAGUGGCUCGUCCGCCCGACUCGUCCAGACACAGCCGAAACCGCGACCGGCGACAACGGCCAAGCAGGGUACCAAGGUGCCUUCGAAAGUAUUACAGGCGAUCGAUGAGGACGAGUAUGGGGAUGCUGUGUUCGACCAGCUGUUGGCAAGCGCGACAGAGUUUGACGAUGGCACCAGCAUGUAUGACGAUCCAGAGCUGGACAGGGCUCUCGAAGCGGCUCUCGCGAGCGGUGUGGACUGGUAG